GGCACGUACAUCUUGCAGACAAGGGUUCUGCGAGGGGUCCCCGCUGUCCAUCGUCUUUCCAUUCUUACUCUGUACUAGGCUACGUGGCUUGGGCUCAGCGAUUGGCAAAUUUUGACACAAAAUGAAACGACGAACAUGUGGACCCGAGGAAAUAGUGAUCAGAGACUGCGACGCAAAUGUCCAUGAUGGGUUCGGCCAGCGCGCGUUGUUGUUCUGCCGGGACUUGACGCAGAGAAGAAGCCGUGAUUGUGAGAUCCUGUGCAGGACCAGCAAGCGACUAUAGUCUUAGCAUCGAGACUCAAGCCAAGAAACGAGCAACCACUUACAUUC